ACAAAAAUAAAAAGUUUACCUUCAAUAGUUUUACCAACUUUGCAAGAGAGUGAAGAGACAUUUGAAGAAAUGUAUAGCCUUACUUAUUUAAUUGUGCAAACGAUUUUGUUGCAAAAUUCGAACUGAAACACAACUCUGUGAUCUCUGUCUCUGACACUCUGUGAUCUUCAGAGAUUGGUGCCUGGUACAAACCACAUAUUUCAACAUAUGCACACAUAAAUCAAGUUUAAUCCAGCAUAUAACAUCUACGGCCUUUUUUGCGAAGUUAUUGUCCACAUACGGAAUAUUCUGUGCAUUACAAUCAUGGCAUCUUUUAAGGCAAACGAUGUUGUUAUAGUAUAUGCAAAGAGAACUGCCAUUGGAACAUUUCGAGGUGGUUUGAGCUCGGUCAAAGCUCACGAUCUAGCCGCUAAUGUUAUCAAAAAUAUGAUGGAGGAAAUCAAAGUGGUGAAAAAUGAGGAAAUUUCUGAAGUAAUCUUGGGUCAAGUUCUGACUGCAGGUAUAAAAUACAUCACCUCUACUUCAUUUAAAAAUGUCCAGAUAGUACUGUAGUCUCAUGUUGUCUAAAGCUAUGCACCCCCCCUCCAAAAAAAAAUAAAAAAAUUGCAACCCUCGGCUUUCCCCAUAAUGCAAUGGAAUGACCCAUUUGUGACAAAGUCCAACUGUUGAAGGUCCCCUUCAUAGAUAUCUUAUAUAUCUAUGGUCCCCUUCCUUGUCCAUUAGACUGCUUAAGCCACUCAUGAGGGAUUUAAUGGCUACUCAUCUACAUGACUACAUGGUUCCUAUUUUCUCUAGGACAAGGUCAAAAUCCUGCUCGACAAGCAGCAAUAGCAAGUGGUCUACCAACAUCAGUACCUGCAAGUACAGUGAACAUGGUAUGUGGUUCAGGUCUGAGAACAGUUGCCAUGGGCAAGCAAGCUAUUGAAUCAGGCGAUUCCACAAUCGUGAUUGCUGGUGGACAGGAAAAUAUGAGUCAGGUAUGUAUAGGUGUGGCUGCACAAUAGUGCUUAGUGAAACCAACAUCUAAUGGAAAUUCCUCACAUAGGCACCACACUGCAUUGACAUACGUCCAGGUAUAAAGUUUGGAGAUGCAACAUUAAAGGACACCAUGUUAUCCGAUGGUUUGACAGAUGCAUUUAAUGACUACCACAUGGGGAUUACAGGUACAGUAUUAGCCCUAAAUCCCAAUCCUCACCUUACGAAAGUGACACCUGAUUUAGACCCAAACAAUGAUAAAAAUAAAAUUUAUUUAAAGCUGAAAAUGUUGCAAAGAAGUGGGAAAUUACACGAGAACAACAAGACCAGUUUGCUGUCAAUUCUCAGAACAAGGCAGCGAAAGCACAAAAAGAAAAUAUUUUUCAAAGUGAAAUAGUUCCUGUCAGUAUCACCACCAGGAAAGGUAUAUGCCCUACUUUGUUCUUUUCUGUAUAACACCACAAUUUUACUUGUCGGGUGGACAGCAACAGGCAUUGAACAAACUAACUUGCCAAUUUCAGGUACAACUGUCAUAACAAAGGAUGAACACCCAAGACCAGACACCAACAUGGAAGCAUUGAGCCGCCUUAAACCAGCAUUUGUCAAGGAUGGUACUGGAACAGUCACAGCAGCCAAUGCAUCUGGUAUCAACGAUGGUGCAGCUGUUGUCUUGGUGAUGACAUAUCAAGAGGCAAGCAGUCGCGGUCUCACACCAUUGGUUAAAAUUGUCACAUGGGCACAGGCUGGGGUGGAUCCUUCCGUCAUGGGAACAGGGCCUAUUCCUGCCAUCAAAGCUGCUGUGAGUGAUAUACCUAUACUGGACCCAAUGCAUCUUUAUUAUCUUUGAGAUAUAUUAUUUGUUUUGUUGUAAUUUAUGCAUCCUUGCAGCUUUCCAAAGCAGACUGGAGUGUAGAUGAAGUAGAUGUUUUUGAAGUAAAUGAAGCAUUUGCAUCACAGUCAUGUGCAGUCGUAAAGGAACUUGGGAUUGACCAAAACAAGGUAAUGUACUGUAUAUAUUACUGUAACUAAACUAGUUUCCCUACAGUGUUAGUACAGAAAGAAAUUGGAAUACCCAGAGAAAUCCUGCAUGUUCUCAUGAAUCAGAUGCAACUGAGGAGAAAUCAGGCAACUGCAUAUUGCAUGAUUCAAAGCUUGGUCAUUGUGGUGAAGGGCAUGCGCACUAACCACUGUGCACUUGAAUCUUUCUAGGUGAACAUAAAUGGUGGAGCCAUUGCACUUGGUCAUCCGCUUGGAGCGUCAGGAUGUCGUAUAUUGGUCACUUUAAUCCAUUCAUUAAUAAGAACAAACAAGAGACGUGGUGUUGCAGCAUUAUGUAUUGGAGGGGGCAUGGGAAUUGCCAUGUGUGUAGAAAGGUUUUAAAAUAGAGAUCACCAAAUCUCUACACAACUGUGUUUCUCAGACAGUCUAUUUAGAAUACUGUAAUUAGACCACAUGUUACAAGAGGUAAUUUUUGUUGCAACUUGCAUUGCAGACAUAAAGUAUUAAUGUUAAGUUAAAAAAUAUUAUAACAGUAAAUCAGUGUCAUUGGACUACUUCUCACUUUUCUGGUAUUUUUCAUUUGGAUUCAUUUUUUUUUCCAUGCCUUUAUUGUAUGUUAAUUAAGGAGUAAAAUGAAGGACAAGUCCUCAAUUUUACUGUGAAUAUGUUUUGCAUUGCCGGUUGCAGCAAAACUUACCUUGUGCAACAUGGCCUUAAAUAAAUGAGCAAAUUUGCACUAAAUAUUAAUAAUUUAUAAACAAUAAAAACUUAUCAUGCAUUACUACCUUUUGAUUGACAGCAGUAAAAAUAGUACAGCCAAUCACCCAUCAACUGGUGCCUACUAUUAAAUAUAGCCAACAGUUUUUCACUUCCUUUGCCUCGUCCACCUUUUAGGCAUUCCACGGCAGGCUGGCCACCUGCCAUGCAGGCUACUUGACUUGGGCCUUCUAUUGAAUGUUGGGCACCUUGUGACAUCAUGAGUUUGAUUAACCUGCAAUUUUUGCUGCAAUAUCUAAGGUUAUUUACUUGUUCUGAUGGAUGUGAAUGAGUAGAUGUAGUUACGAAUGUACAGUUUCCCUCAUCUGAGCAUUCAUAACUCAUCCACUUGAUCACAUCCAUGAGAAAAGAAAUCAGACUAGAAGUCACAGCAAAAAUUGCAUGUGUACUAAACAGUCCUUUAGACUAAUCUCUACACUGAUCCUUACACUUUGACCCAAUGCUGAUCCAGGCUGCUCACCAGGGCGCCGAGAGCUUGGCGGGAGCCCGGGGCGAUUUUUUUUAGGGGCCCCUAUUUCAAAAUUUUUUUUGGACAACAACUCCCCCCCCCCCGACAACUUUUUACGGAAAAAAUUUUCUGGACGAGUAUGUUGUAAUUGCUUUCCAGCAACUUUACCUUAAUUUUUCAAACCAAAAUUCGGUACUUUGCCCCCCAAAACAAAUAUCUUGCCCUUUGUGCAGAAAUAUUUCACCCAAAAAAUUACUUGGGCCCGCGCCCUGCCCCCCCCCCCUCUCGGCAGCCCUGCUGCUCACAAUUAAGUUUUCAAGCUUAAUAAUUAACAAUCGGAAAUAUGAAAAAUGACCAAUAUUGCUUUAUUUAUCAAUAGAUUAAUCAUGCUUGCAAAUUGCACUCAUCUGUUAUUAAUUAAUAUACUUUACAUUACAUAUAUAUUACAUGAAAUAAUUCAUUUCAUCAGAGUCACACUAGGGCGUCACCCCCAAUUAUACACUCUCUGCUCCAAAUACUCCUCAAUAUAGAAAUUUGAAUAAUUGUUUUCGCAGUUUCGCGCGCUCUACUGUGGCCCCAAGGGCAUAAAUUUUAAAAAAUGACUAAUUGGUAAUUUAUAGGUAUGAUUUCUAUCAGUCUUAUUACAAAAUCGAUCUUGGUGAAUUUGUGUUUCAAAUCGGCAUCCAGAUAACAUGUUUUUCAGUCUGGAUAAAAGUUUUGAUCAAACAUUUGUUAAAAAACGAAGGAAAUCGGCACCUUAUCCAUUAGCCUGUGUUCCAGCAUACCAAUCUGGACUAAACUGGAGCACAGACUACGUAUCCUCUUGUGUUGAUACCAGUGAUAAACGCAGUUUUGUGUGUUGCAAAUGGUUGAUAAGCUACAUAUGGGCUAGCUCAAACAUUUACAUUUUAUAACUAAACCUGGAAAAUGUGCAUAAAAACAAUGGGAAAUUUGACAGUAAUUAUGCAAUUAUACUCAAAUGACAGAUACGGAAGUAUGACAUAAAGAUUCCUUAAGAUUUCCCCAUAACGUAUGUGUGGAAUGUUCCUCAAUCAUCUGCUGUAGUCUGUGUACAGACUCUGUAUUACAUCAUAAUACUUCUGUACACAGACCAUCAAUCUUCCUGCUAAGACAAUUGUUCUUCAGGCUACUGAGAUCGGCUUUUUUUUCCAGGUCUGCCCAAACACGUAAUACAAAACAUUUACCCAUACUCAAAAAAGCAUGUUAUUUGUCUACGCAUUCAAAACACCGCGGGUCGCACCAAAGAAUAUGUAACCCACUACUAGCUUGCACAGUGCGGACCAGCACAGGUGCCAAAGAACCAGCUUUGACAUGACAUGUGAAACACUGAACAACCGCGCCGUGCAUGUGAUUCUCACGUGACGGAAUCUAGCGAGUCCUGUGAAUCAGAAGUGUCCACAUAAUGUUUAGUUAAACUGUUCCUAUUUUUCUUGCUUCCACGUUUUUCUUUCGUGUGACUAAGUGGAACGCUGGGCGGCUGCUGCUCCGUAGGAGCUGAAAUAA